ACGGCCUUAAUUCGACAGUUGCAUAAAAAGGAAGUCUGUUGAAGGUUGAGUUGUGGAGAUCUUUUCGAAUGUUAAUAUCAAAAAUUUCAUCUAUGUACUAUAGUUCGAUACGCUCACUUUUAUUAUCAACAUCAUUAAAUCAGUGAAAAACUAAAUAAUGCCUCGCAGAAAAUCGAAUUUGGGUCGACGAACUCGCCACUCGGAAGGAUCGAGGAGACGGCUUUCGAAUAUGAGUGAGGAAAAGCGGGCAUCCGUACGGGCGAAGAACAGAGUAAACACCUUUCUGAUGCGCUACGCGGAACCAGCGGAAAGACGAACGGCCAGGCUUGAGGAUGCACGAAAGCGAAUACGGAAGUCGCGUUCAGCAGCAACAGAUUUGGUUCGUUCUAAACGUAAUGGAUGUCAGUGGACCAUCAAAAUGUCCGAGUGUGUUCGAGAAAUAGAAGGUGAUCUGUUUGCUGCCCCCAAGGAUCACUCUUUGGCACAUUGUGUGGCUGCAGAUCUGAAAAUGGGAGGAGGCAUAGCCGUCAAGUUUAAACAGGUCUUUAAAAAGAUCGACGAGCUGAAAGCUCAGAGCGUUGGAGUUGGUGGCGUUGCCGUGCUGAAGGAUGAAAAACGUUACGUAUAUUAUCUCGUUACGAAGAAAGCAUCGUAUGACAAACCAACAUAUGAUGAUCUCACCAAAUCCCUAGAAGCUAUGAAAAAGCAUAUGUCAGAAAACGGAGCCAAAAAGCUAGCAAUACCACGCAUCGGUUGCGGCAUUGAUGGAUUGGAAUGGAAUAAAGUUAAGAGCAUCCUAAACGGUACAUUUGGAGGGGCAGGUGAUUUCGAAAUCGUGGUUUAUAAUUUUGUUCCGAAAUAAGUCACUUGAAUGCGAUACUCAGAUUAAAAUUCCAAUACAUAAGUUCCUUUGGAGAGUGAAACUCAUUCAGCAAUAAGAA